AUGCAUUAUAUCAUUUCCGAGGAAUUAAAUCGCGGCUCUGCAGUCGGCAAUGUAGCUAAAGAUCUGGGAUUACAGUUACAGAGUAUUUCUAGUCGAAACCUAAGGGUCGUUUCUAACUCUAACAAGGAACAUUUCAGCAUAAACUCGAAAGAUGGGAUUCUACUUGUAGCAGAAGAAAUAGACAGAGAAGAGCUAUGUGGUCACAGUUCUUUAUGUUUUCUAUACCAGCAGGUGAUAAUGGAAAAUCCUUUGGAAGUACAUAAUGUAAAAGUGGAGAUAUUAGAUAUAAAUGACAAUCCGCCACAAUUUCCUGCCGACAAUUUCACAAUGGAAAUCAUGGAGGCCACCAUGGCGGGCACACGUUUUAAAUUAGAUGCAGCACAAGACCCCGACAUCGGGGUGAAUUCUUUAUCAAACUACAGGCUUACACCAAGUGAAUAUUUUGCUCUGAGUGUGAAAACCUCUGAUGAGGGUAUUAAAGUACCGGAGAUCGUGUUGCAGAAAUCUAUGGACAGGGAACAGCAAUCGGUGCAUCAUUUAAUCUUAACAGCUGUAGAUGGUGGAAAUCCUGCGUUAUCAGGUACAGUAAAUAUUACAGUUAUAGUAUUUGAUGUUAACGAUAAUGCACCUAAAUUUAAUCAAUCUUCUUAUAAUGUGAGACUUAAAGAAAACUGUCCGGUAGGAACUGUUGUGAUCCAGUUGAAAGCCACAGAUCCAGAUGAAGGUGUUAAUGGAGAAAUAGAAUAUUCAUUUAGAAGGGGUCGCAUUUCAGGUAACGCUAAUCAAGUCUUUAGUAUAGACCCCCACACAGGAGAGAUCAGGACAACUGAUGUUUUGGAUUUUGAAGAUACCAGACAUUAUACAAUUCAAGUGAAGGCAAGGGAUCGGGGCACACCAGCUGCAGAAGAAUAUUGUACCAUAAAUGUGGAACUUAUUGAUGUAAAUGACAACGCCCCUGAAGUGAUCGUAAACUCUUUGGCCAAUCCCAUAAGGGAAGAAGCACCUCCGGGCACUGUGGUUGCUUUAAUCAGAGUUAAGGAUAAGGACUAUGGGGAAAAUGGGCGCGUCCGUCUUCAGAUAUCUCCUAUCAUUCCGUUCAAGCUUGUGUCAUCACUUGAGGAUCACUAUUCACUGAUAACAAACGAUUUACUGGAUCGUGAGACUGCGCCUCACUAUAAUGUCACAUUAAAGGUUGUUGAUUCGGGGUCGCCUCCAUUAUCCGCCCAUAAAAUGAUUUUUAUUAACAUUUCUGAUGUGAAUGACAAUUCACCUCAUUUUUCCCAAUCGUCAUAUACCACCCAUGUGCAGGAAAACAAUCAGCCUGGGUUAUUUCUUUGCUCUGUGAUAGCUACUGACCUUGACGAUGGUAAAAACGCAAAGCUUACUUAUUUAAUCGGAGACCAAAAAAUUCAAGAUCUACAUGUUUCCUCAUAUUUUUACAUCAACCCUGCAAAUGGCUCACUCUACAGUGCUCGUUCCUUCAAUUAUGAGGAAGUCCACUAUUUUCAACUACAGAUCCAGGCUGAGGACAUGGGUAGUCCUCCACUGAGAACCAAUGUGACGGUUCACAUAUUCAUCAUUGACCAAAAUGACAAUGCUCCAAAAAUUGUUUAUCCCAAAGCGGUACAGGGCAAUACAAUCCAGCAAACAAUUCCUCGUUCUGCACAAGUGGGUUACUUAGUGACCAAGAUAGUAGGGAUUGAUGAAGACAGCGGUUAUAACGCAUGGCUCUCCUACAAGCUUCAACCAUCUCAAGAUGUUGAUGAGUUCCUUAUAGCACCCUAUACAGGAGAAAUCCGCACAGCUAAGGUCUUACAGGAUUCAGGAGAGUCAACAAAAAAUGUCGUUGUUGUGGUGAAGGACAAUGGGAUGCCAGCCCUUUCUACUUCUGUUACUAUACUCUUACUUUUGGAAGAUAACAAAUCAGAAGGAUUUUCAAACUAUAACGACAUUCAUGCUAUAUCCUCUGGUACUUCAAAUUUAACGUUGUAUCUAAUAAUAUCAUUGAUAGCAGUUUCAUUUAUUUCAUUUCUAACUUUUGCAGCUCUUGCUGUUAACUGUUUGAGAAACAGAAAAGGUGACACUUCCUCUUCUGCAGAUCUUUGCUGUUGCUACACAGAGCAGAACUUGGAUACUAAGUAUCCAUAUGACUACUGUGCUGGAAGCCUAAGGGUACAACUGAAUUCUGAUGGCCCUUUGAAAUAUGUAGAAGUGCUUCCAAGUGGGAUGAUAGCUCAGCCAGAACAGACAAGAUCAUUUUUACACCCAGUGAUAGAUGGUGAAGAUUUUCUGUAUAUCCAACGUACAACCAAUACUGGUGCUGUUUCUUCAUCUACAAAUUAUCCUACCGAGUCUACUAACAUGGUAAGUGAUUAA